AGCUACAUCUUUCCACCAUAAUUCUCUCUGUUUUCUUUUUCUUCUUUUGAGAAUAAAAAUGGGGAAAGCAAUUUUUGAGGAGUUUAGUUUUCUUCUUCUUAUUGCUGCUGCUGCUGUUGUGCUUUGCUCAUCAGAAUCCAAUGCAGAGAUAAAGAGUUGUGAUUUAUUUGAAGGAAGUUGGAUAUUUGAUAAUUCAUAUCCAUUGUAUAAUUCAACAGCAUGUCCAUUCAUAAGGAAGGAAUUUGACUGCAUCAAAUUUGGCAAACCUAAUCUUGAAUACCUUAAAUAUAAAUGGCAGCCCACUGGUUGUGCCUUGCCCAGAUUUGAUGGCAAAGAUUUCUUGACAAGAUUUAAGGGAAAGAAGAUUAUGUAUGUUGGGGAUUCGUUGAGUCUUAAUAAUUUUGAAUCCCUUCUCUGCUUGCUUAAUGCUGCAGUCCCAGAUGCAAAAUUCAAUCAAGAAAUAUAUAAGGAAAAUGUCACUGUCACAUUUCUGGAUUAUGGAGUUCAAGUCAUAUUAUUUCAUUCGAACCUUUUAGUAGACGUUGAAGUUGAACCUAUGGGACGAGUGUUGAAACUCGAUUCAAUUAAAAAUGGACAAAUUUGGAAGGAAUUUGACUUGUUGAUUUUCAAUACUUGGCUUUGGUAUUCAACAAGAGGACCCCAACAACCGUGGGAUUUUAUUGAAGUUGGUGGCAAAAUAUCGAAAGAUAUGGACCGGGUAGAAGCUUUCCGGGCUGGACUAAAUACAUGGGCCAAAUGGGUUGAAACAGAUGUGGAUACAAACAAAACCAAAGUUUUCUUUCAAGGAGCAUCUCCAGCCCAUUACCAUGGAUCAGAUUGGGGUGAACCUAAUGUGAACAAUUGCUUGAACGAAACAAGUCCAGUAAAUGGAUCAACAUAUCCAAGUGGCUUACCAGUUGCUGUAGGAAUAGUGAAACAAGUGUUGAGUAAUAUUUCAAAACCAGUAUUUUUACUUGACAUAACAAAACUCUCCCAACUCAGAAAAGAUGGACAUCCUAGCAAAUACAAUGCUUUUAAAGGCAUGGAUUGUACUCAUUGGUGCCUUGCUGGAGUUCCUGAUACUUGGAAUCAGAUUUUUUAUGCAUCUCUUAUUUAAUAUACAGUCAAAGUACUGACCGUAGAAACUAGGAAUUUUGUGCUUUAAAGAAAUAUAUACAGUCAAAUCUCUCUAUAAUAUCCUCGUUUGUUCCAGAUAUUUUUUUAA